AAAUUUCGUUAUAAAAAAACACAAAGUCCGGAUAAACAAUAACAAUACACUGUGAAACCUCCAGUGAAACAAUUCUAACGCUGAUUUUCCAUUAUUACAUUGCAUCAUACGCGUUGCAGCGAAAUUACUCCUAGGUACCUUAAGGGUGGCAAAAUCAAUUUGAAGCCCAAAGAAAUAGAUCACACAAAUAACCAAAUUUGCAGAGUACCUUAAACAAAAGCGUCACUAUCGCGUUUAUCAAGCAGUAGCAACCUGUCCAGAAGUUAACAAAUAUAUUAAAAACAUGACACGUGGCAAUCAAAGGGACUUGGCUCGGGCAAAAAAUCAGAAGAAACUGGCCGAUCAGACCAAGGGAAAGCGAACUGAUAAUCUAACUGUGGAGCAACGCAAAGCCCGAGAUGCCGAAUUAAUGCGUGAAAAACAAAAGAAAAAGGAGGAAGCAGCCGCUGCUAGUUCGAGCAAAUAGAAGCAAGCCCCUUCUCCUGACCAUUACACCGACUAUAGAGCCAGAUUCAGCUUGUAAAAUAGAUUUUUGCGAAAAUACUUUGAGGCACACUAGUAGAUCGGUAUUAACUAUAGUCACAUACACAGUUCGUUAUACACACAAAGAGAAUGGGCUCAAAGGAAUUUCUAAUUAAUUCGUUUACGUUAAAUAAAUAUGUUGCUAUAUUUCUGAACCAAUUA